AACAAUUUCCUGAUGACUGGUCCAAAGGCUUACCUGAUCUACUCCAGCAGCGUGGCAGCUGGCGCUCAGAGCGGUAUUGAAGAAUGCAAAUACCAGUUUGCCUGGGACCGCUGGAACUGCCCCGAGCGAGCCCUGCAGCUGUCCAGCCACGGGGGCCUUCGCAGUGCUAACCGGGAGACAGCGUUCGUGCACGCCAUCAGUUCCGCGGGGGUCAUGUACACUCUGACCAGAAACUGCAGCCUUGGGGACUUCGACAACUGCGGCUGUGACGACUCCCGCAACGGGCAGCUGGGGGGUCAAGGCUGGCUGUGGGGAGGCUGUAGUGACAACGUGGGCUUUGGAGAGGCGAUAUCGAAACAGUUCGUGGAUGCCCUGGAGACGGGACAGGAUGCCCGGGCAGCCAUGAACCUGCACAAUAAUGAGGCCGGCCGCAAGGCGGUGAAGGGCACCAUGAAACGCACUUGUAAGUGUCACGGCGUGUCUGGCAGCUGCACCACGCAGACUUGCUGGCUGCAGCUGCCUGAGUUCCGCGAGGUGGGCGCGCACCUGAAGGAGAAGUACCACGCAGCUCUCAAGGUGGACCUGCUGCAAGGUGCUGGCAACAGCGCGGCUGGCCGCGGCGCCAUCGCUGACACCUUUCGCUCCAUCUCCACGAGGGAGCUGGUGCAUUUGGAGGACUCCCCAGAUUACUGUCUGGAGAACAAAACUCUAGGCCUGCUGGGCACGGAAGGCCGAGAGUGCCUACGGCGCGGGCGGGCCCUGGGCCGCUGGGAGCGUCGCAGCUGCCGCCGGCUCUGCGGGGAUUGCGGGCUAGCGGUGGAGGAGCGCCGCGCGGAGACGGUGUCCAGCUGCAACUGCAAGUUCCACUGGUGCUGCGCUGUCCGAUGCGAGCAGUGCCGCCGGCGAGUCACCAAGUACUUCUGUAGCCGCGCGGAGCGGCCACGCGGUGGCGCGGUGCACAAAUCCUCGAGAAAACCCUAAGGGUCUCCUCUCCCCGCUCCUUUCCCCUUUGUCCUUGGCUUCCUUUAGAGACCCCAGUAAUAGAGGAACCUGGGGAACGCGGAUCCCACACCUACAAGCCCAGGGAUCCUGAGAGAGAGGAUGCAAUCUUCCGAGCUUGUUACUUUCCAACCUGUUUCCCCAAUUCUGCUGCACUCUCCUGGAUCACACAGCGCACACAACCUGUGAGAACUCUCUGAGAUUUUGAGCUAUCGAUCUUCUUUGGACAAGCAUGAGAAUAGGCGUUCCUCCACUCUACCUAGUUACCCUACGCCGAACCUAGCCUAUGGAGCCUUAGGAACAGGAAGACCCCUUCUCAAAUAUAUAGGGUCCUCCUGGGUAGAGCCAUGGCUUUUCUCCUUUGCCUGUUUUCUUACCGCCCUGCCCUCCCCAGCCCUCAUUUUCUGCUGCCGUGUCUCUAUCACGGAUGCAUCCUCCUUCUGCGGAGCCACUGCUGUG